AUGGAAAACCGACAGUCUUCGCCAUCCCCUCGCAGGGCGAGCCCACGACACAGCAUGCAGAGACAAAGAAGUAACUCAUUCCCUAUUGCUGAGGCUUUGGGCUGCUCAACGCCAGAAGCACUCCUCAUUCUGGCAGAGGGCAGAGCAGCAGUACGCAAACGCCGAGCCCGGCGCAACCAGUCGGUCGACGAUGAAGUCAACCGCCUUUUCAACCCUCAAGAUCACAUCAAAUUCCUGCAAGGACUCGCAGCCCUGCCCACCCCUCAAGAUGAAUCGUCACCGUUUGACCCAAAAUACUCCCUCCACUCCCGGGUGCCUUCCGAUGCUACGGAUCACAGCACUUGCACAGUGGUCCCACAUGUGAACGACGGCGAACCUCGGAAUCUCUCACCCACGCUAGGCGACUAUUCCGCCAACCUUGCCGCUUUCAUCAAGAACCAACUCAAGUCGAUACCAACGUACGAAUCUAAUCACCGCCCCACUUCAUCCCUCUCUCCCCGGUCAUGUCCGGAUCUAUCGUUUCCCAUGCGAACGCCUUCGUCACCAAACCCGGCUGCACGGCGACAGGCCGAGGGACCAAAGGCAAUUGAGAUACCCCCAGUGCGACCGCCGAUGAAGAGUCAAUUCUCAGCAUGGAGCUCUACCGACGACGACACGGACGACGAAACGCUUCCCCUCCCAGAAUACACCUUACCCACAACGGAACCAAACUCCAAGGGAAGCAAAUACACGCCUUCCAUCCUAGGCUAUUACGAAACCUCGCACAACAACUCGUCGUUUCUAUUUUCGUCGACGCCGCUAGAGGAAGAGUCAGAGCCCACUACGGCUAAAGCCUUCAAGUUUCCUGACCCGUCAGCACUACCACGCUCCUCACCUGAUGAGCAAGACGAUGAUGACGACGACGAUAACGAACACGACUACCCCUCUUCGUCUUGCCCCUCUCAACCUCAGCUCACAUCCACGUCAGCGCCUUCGUAUACCUCGUCUUCGGUCUCUUCGUCAAGCUACUUUGACUGCAAACGCCCUGUUGCCAUUACUCCCCAGAUGAAGGAGCGUGUCAUCGCAGCUGUCACGCCCCCGCAUCCACACAACAAGAGGCUUACUGCUGUAUCGCCUUGGGAGGGCAAUGCGUUUUCCAAUGUGCACGAUGUGUACGUUGAGUCACAGCAUCGCGUCAAUGUCGACGGCAUGUCCUUUGACAUGCUCCGUGACCUGAACGUCUCCAGCAGACUUACACCUUGCUGA